GUACUUGCGUGCCAUCACUCAAAAUAUUUGAAGGAAGCACGCACCUAGCCUGCAAGGACCUGGACAAUCGGAUGCUUUUACCAAUUUCAACUGAAGGAGAAGGAUAACCAUGGCAUCUCAUUAUCUGAGUCUGACUCUCCUCUGUGUCUUGUUGUCUUGGUCCCUGCCAACGACGUCUGGGGAUGUGCCAUACAACGAGAUGGGAAACACCACCACCUCACCUGUUAAUCGCAAUAUGGACACUUCCAUGGGAAAAAUGGGCACGGCGGAGCCCGAACCGGAACCGGAAACCGAGCCAGAGCCGGAGGGAGAACCCACUGGAGAGCCCGAGCCCAGUGGAGAGCCCGAGCCCACAGGCGCAGCAGAGCUUCCCCCUUUUGCAGAGCCAGUACCAAACUGGGAGGAAGCCUUACCGCUUUAUGGCGUCUUCUGGAUCAUCCAUAUUUACAUUCUGGGAUCGUUAUUUGCAUUGCUUGCAUUGUAUUCAUUUGUGAGUCUCAUUCGACUCAAGAGCCGGCGUCUACUCAGCCGAGGUUACUUUGUGGCUCUCAACAUCAUGAUGUUGCUCAUGGGUCUGGAUCGCGCCAUCUACUUCUUUGUGGAUGCUUAUAACUAUAAGGGUAUAUUCCCCUUGUCGGUGGCGUACAUGCUGCUUGGUAUGGGCUUUCCAUGCCUGUCCUCUGCGUUCAGCAUCUUGUUCCUGGCGCUGCUGCACUCCACCAGGACUCGGCUUGUCUCACCCAAGAUCCAGCGCGCCAAGGUCCUGGCUGGCAUCAUCGUAUUCCACUUCACAGUCUCCAUCGUUGUGGAUGUCGUCGUAGGGGUCUUCACCUCAGCUCAGGUGCUCCUGCUGCUGUGCCAGGGAGUCUUCCUCAUUUGGGGUCUAUUCCUGUCCAUCAGCUACCUGAUCAUAUUCCGUCGGCUUCACAAAUCGUCCGUGCGACAGUUCCGGGAGAUUAACCGAAUGAGCAUCAGCAGGCGCACGUCCACGAUGUACGGGAUAUCGCCGUUUUUGAAGAAGCCCAGGAACAACUGGGGCAGCGCCAUCAAAGUGACACUGUUCGCAUCCUUCUUUGGCGUUGUCAUUGGCCUCUUGCAGCUGUACGGCAUCGUGGUCGUGUAUGGCCCGUUGGGAGAGAAGGUCCCGGAGCCCUGGUCUUGGGUCUGGUACCAGCUGGCCUUCCGCAUCUGCGAGUUGGUCAUGUGCAUUCUGAUGAGCUACGUGGCCACCCAGCCAUUCCGCUACACCGUUAAUGGUACCGAGAUCCCAAUGUGCAUGUGCUGUACCAACAUCAUUGAGGCGAUUACGGGCAAGUCGAGCCACGACCUGCAACUGACAGAUGACUACAGACUGGUCAAUAACGAUGCCUCCAUGCCCGUCAACGAUUUCGUGAGAGGCGCCGAGGACGGGGUGGUCUUCGAUCCGAUGGAAGCCCAGCACUACCACUCCGCUAAUCUGCAGUUGCCUCCCUCCAACACCUUCCACAGGGAAGACGCACGGGAAAAACCUGUCAAGACACUCACGUUCAGCAGCCAAGCACCCGAUUCGGAGACCGAGAUAAGAAAUGACAGCGUGGCAGACAACAACAAGAAGAACCUUUUAAAACUUGAGAUGUCCAACACAGGUGUGUCGCUGAGCGACACAUGCAAGCCUGCAACAGCCCCAGUGUCAACCCAGGGCUAUCUCUGGAAUGAACAGAGCUCUCCCAUUAUCACAAGUGAUCUCAACCUUGGUGACAUCAAGUCGUGUAAUCAGAACAAAAACAAUCAUCAUUCUUGCCCGUCCACUCCUAUUCAGGGAAGAGGAAGCUCAGAAACUCAUCUCUCAAGCUCUUGUCACUCGCUGUCCAACCUCCAAAUUCAAUCAUCGGGCAACCAGGGGUCUUGUCAGCAAACUAGUGCUGAGAACUCCUCACCUGUGACCCCUGAAAUAACGGAAGCAGCAAAUGACUCGGCUGGAGAAAGAACUGAUCAAACGCAAAAUGCUUGCUCAGAGACUAAACCAGACGCUAUCAAUGCUGAAGUAGCGACUGAAAGAUUGGACAAUUCGCAGACCGAUGCCAACCAAGACUUGGCCGGAAUCAGAGGGCUGAUUGUUGUUUCAGAGCCCACCGCUGUGUGAACAUCCCGUAGGAUGCCAUCUACAUGUAAUCUUGGGAAGCCAUAAAGGUUGCUGUAACCAACAGUAUGCAGACAUGUUUCAAACAUUAUCCUUAAAGAUAUAGUCCAUCAUUUGUAAUUUGUGCAUUUUGUUCGUUUGAAGCAACAAAAGUGUUCAAAAUCUAAAGAGGGGUGCUGAACAACUAAACUGAUGAAGUUUCAGC